AUGCUCACGCACCUGAACGUAGCCUUUGGUUACAUUGAUCCAAGCUCGUACAAGAUCAGUGCCAUGGAUGGUAUCAACUCUGAUAUCUAUCGGAACAUUGGCAACGUCAAGGCCCAGAACACCAACUUGAAGAUCAGCAUCGCCAUAGGUGGUUGGACCUUUACUGAUCCUGGCGCAUAUCGGUCCGUCUUCACUACUAUGGUUUCGUCACCGUCCCUUAGAUCCACCUUUAUCAACAAUCUUCUUGGAUUUCUCGAGGAAUACGGCUAUGACGGAGUCGACUUUGAUUGGGAGUAUCCUGGUGCCGAUGACCGUGGCGGAAAGCAAUACAUUGUCACGUUCACGGCUCCAACCUCAUACUGGUACCUACGCCACUUCGACCUGGCCAACAUGGUCCAGUACGUCGACUGGGUCAAUCUCAUGUCCUAUGACCUCCACGGCGUGUGGGACAGCAACGACCCAAUCGGCAAUCAGGUGUUGGCCCACACCAACCUGACAGAAAUUGACGACGCUCUUGACUUGUUCUGGCGCGUCAACGUCGAUCCAGCCAAGAUUGUGCUCGGCCUCGGCUUCUACGGGCGCUCCUUUGCACUCAGUGAUGCAUCCUGCUGGCACCCAGGCUGCGCCUUCAGCGGCGCGGGCGCGGCCGGCGCCUGCACCGCCACUCCGGGCAUCCUGUCGUACUAUGAGAUUCAAGACAUCCUGUCCUCGACUGGUGCGUCAGCAUAUCUGGACGAGAAGGCUGCCGUUAAGUACAUGGUGUACGGUGGCAACAACUGGAUCUCGUAUGAUGACGCAACCACCUUCAAGCUCAAGAUCGACUUUGCCAACAAGAAGGGGCUAGGCGGCUUGAUGGUGUGGGCUGUCGAUCAAGACGACCCAGAGCUCGACGCGCUCAGGGCCAUCUCCGACUCGGCUUACAUUGAGUCCAGCUCCAGCUCCCCACCCGUCGAUCUUACAAAGAUCUUUCCCUCACAGUUGAUUCCGUCCAGCAAGGCUUCCAAGUACGGUCUCGUCAACAUCGGCUCCGCAGCAAGCAGUGGUGAGACGAAUCCUGGGAAAACGGGUAUUGGCUUCUUUCUGAUCACCAGUGAUUCGUAUGCAACAACGUCAUUGCGGAAGCGUGCUGGCGAUCCCGAACCCUUUGCCUUCAUCAACUGCCCAAUGCAUGUCCUGGACCGGCCUGUGGAUGAGCCACAGACUGCCAGAGUCAUUUGUCUUAACGAAAAUGUGGAAGAUUGUUUCCGGAUCAUGGAGAGGGGUGUCGAGGGCACGAUGGUAGAAAUGCCAGACAAUUGUGCGCCCAACUCUAUUGGCAGAGCUAUUUCACUGACGCGGGCUCCUGAUCAAUAUGUGCCGGAUGACAUCCAGAAGCGCAAGCCAACAUCUGAGGUCUACGACUUCACCUUCGACUUCAACUUUGACUUGAUGCGCCGCGACACCAAUCUCACAAGCGUCCGGAUGGACUAUAGCAACUAUGGCGGUUACUGGGACCAUAUUGUCAACUCGGACGGAAUCCAAGAUACCUCUUCCAAGUCUCGCAAGCGCUAUUUCGCGCCGACCAUAUUUGACUGGAAAGAAAUGUAUAAAAAUAUGAACUUUGAAGAUGCCAAGUUCACGAGCGCUCCUCAGAAGGUUUCUGUGGACAUGAGCAAAGAGAUCUUUUGGGAAACGAAGGACUCGUGUGAUUGGGAGGGCACAGACUAUGGUGACGGCAUUGGCGCAUGGGUACAAGGAGACGUGGAUGCCCAGCUGUACUACGGAUACACCAUUAUCGGCGAGCGAAAUUUGCGGGGUACCAUCGACUGGGUCCAAACCGACGGCUUCCUCUCCGCGUCUGGCUCGAUAGAUCUCAACUUUGGGCUCGGCGGAAUGGGAAACUUGGACAUCUCGCUCGCGGGGAAGAGUAACCCGGCCAUCAACAAAGGCAGCAAGAUCAGCCUCGCCGGAAACACCAUCACGGCCAGCGGCACGGGCUACAGCAUUAUUUUCAAGCCAUAUUACGAGCUGGACUACUCCUUCGCGACGAUGAACGGCACCAGUGCCGGGGACUUCACUGUUGCUGAUAUUGACUAUAACGGCCUUAUGACAGCUCGCGUGAUCUCUGACCUGGGUGAGUUCGUUGCCUACUAUCCGGCAGUGGAUACGGUCAACUGGGACAGCGAUGCUCGAGACAAGAAUAAAAUCUCCAUCGGGUCGAAAGAUGUACUUUACAGUGUCAACAGGGGAGGUUUCGCUGCCAUUAGCUCAUUUCUCAGGCUCGGUGUUGACGCCACCAUACAAAUCACUUACGAUAAUAUGGUUCAAUUUGGGUUUCAACCGGGCGACUCCGAUGACCUGUCAUGUUCCAGUUACCUGGUUGCUGACCGCGCGAACUGGCCAAGCAAGACUUCACACAUCCAGCUGGCGUCCGAUAUGCAAGAGCCUUCUAGUGGCAAGGUUUGCUUCACCAACUCGGACGCCUCACAGAAGAGGUCAGAGACCAAUGCCUCGGAGAAGGCCCUGGAGGAGCGCGCCAGUGGCAAAGGAAAUCCCUGGGGCCUCGGGGCUGGCUCUGUGAUGUCGAUCGACACCAUCAUAGCGGACAAGCUCGGCGCUGGGACCCAGAAUAACGUCAGGAAUCUCUUCCGAACAAGCCUGGACGCCUUACGCUGCCCGAACUGCUUGACCUGCUACAAUGGCGAGGAAAACAAGUCCAGCCCCUGCUGCGGCUGCGUUUCCAUGAACUGGCUCUACCACCUCACAGACAUGCCACCCUGCGACAUCUGUGAUGAUGUCAACUACGACGAUAGCGAUGUUGAAUGGCCAGGGACUGGGAUCACUUCCACUAAGCGUGAUGCCAUUGAGAAGGACGAUGAACUUGAACGGCUGAAGGGCGAGGCCAAGUGGUGGCUCGACGAGGACGAGGACCAGGAAGGAAAUUUCCUCGUUGAGCGCGAGCCCGGCAAAGCUACCAGAUCGUACAAGAAGGUGAACGUCUGCGGCGAUACACUCAAGAUUGGUCUCAACGGAAGGUAUCCCGCCUUCCCAAAUCUUCCAAAUUGGCCUUGGGAUGGCAUCGAGGGCAACAAGUUUGCUGAUGUGAGCGCAUACUGGGGCAACACCUCGGCCGACUGCGCCGACUGGUCUGUCGGGCAGUUGACGACAGCUGAUACGGAAAACACACCCGCCGGAAGGUUUCCCGAACACGUCUUCGAGGGCCAGCUGAUCGGAGACUUCUUCAACCAGUGGCUUCGAUUUGGGCAGGUGACAAACCAGAUGCCGACCCCAUCCAACCCACAGCCAAUCGCGGGCUGCGAUUGGACCGACAAAUACAUCAAGGACGCACAGGACGACGUCUGGACCAACUGGGACGGCAACGCCGUUGCGUUCAUUGACCUACUUCUGCAGGAGCUCGGCAAUUUGCACAACUUGGACCGCUUGACAAUUAUGCAGAGAAGGCCAAACCAGAUGAAAGGAAGAAUGUUCUCGGGCAUCUCGCCGUCAGAUAUGAACAAAUAUGCGGACAUGAGCAACGAUGCACAGCUUCAGGUUACCAAGGAGAUGGGCAUGGUCUUCAGCUACUUAAAUAACCCAACCGUCUGGUCCAAGUUCUGCGAGUCGUACGAGGGCAUCUAUAGCCUUAUGGCUCAGUUCGACGUGUGGUAUGCCACACAAGCCAGCGCCCCCAAGGGCAUUAUCAUGACGCAAGAGUGGAAGAAAUACAUCAACGAGGUUCUGAGCUCCAUGGCCGCCCGAUCCGAGGAGACUUUCUGGGACAUGGUCUAUUGGGUCACACUCGAGAGCCAAGACGUGCAAAGCGAUAACUUCUACGCGGCAAAGUGGCAAACGAACAUGGAUUUCAACUCGCUACGUCUCAAAGUUACCGGCACCUGCUCGAAUCUGUGA